GAUAGUGUCGAAGCGUUGGCCGCACAGACAGCUAUCAGUUACGGAUUGGUUGGAAACGGUGCCACUCAUCGCUUCUUUAAGAGCACAAACAUAUCGACGUAUAAAAAGAUGGCGGAGUAUAUGGAGGAGAAUGCAAACAAUGUCCUAAAGUCGAGUAACUCUAUUGGAAGGGAUGCUGUGGAGGAAUCCGAAGGAAAGUAUGCCUUCUUCAUGGAGUCGGCAGUUAUUGAUUACAUUACUGAACGACACUGUAAUCUAACACAAGUCGGGGGACUACUCGACAGUAAAGGUUACGGAAUCGCCACCAAAAAAGAUUCCAAAUACCGAACCCCUCUCUCGGAAGCGAUCGUGAAAUUACAAGAAACGGGAGUUUUGCGGGAACUGAAGAAGACGUGGUGGACACAGAAGGCCGGAGGCGGCGCCUGUCUUAGCAAAGGUACGCCCGCUCUCCUCGAGAUGGGUAUGAAAAACGUCGGCGGAGUCUUCCUUAUCCUCAUUGGGGGCUCUGUUUUCUCCACUUUUCUCGCAUUUUACGAGUUAUUCGUCGAAACAUUAAGGGAGACAUCAAAUAUGGUAAGAAAUCACAUGUUUAAAGAAUUUGUUAUUUGA